AUGUUGGUUGUGCAGAUUUACUUAACAAUUGCUGUAAUAUUGGGUGCUGCCUCCGCUCGUCCUCAGGGCGAUCCCAUACCAAUUCUAAGGCAGGAACAAGAAGUCAAUUUUGAUGGAUCCUAUAAAUAUUCAUAUGAAACUGGAAAUGGUAUAACGGCUGAAGAAGAGGGUUACCUUAAAAAUCCAGGAUCCGAUGCAGAAGCUCAGUUCGCUGGCGGCUUCUUUUCAUACACCUCACCUGAAGGCAUACCCAUACGCAUCACUUAUGCUGCCGAUGAAAAUGGUUUCGUUCCACAAGGCGAUCAUUUGCCCACACCACCUCCAAUUCCACCAGCAAUUCAAAAGGCUUUAGAUUACUUGGCCACCGCACCACCACCAAGAGAUCAGCCCUCAUCGCCCAAUAACUUUAGAAGAGGUUAAAUAUUUGUCUGCGGCUGCUUCUAUGUUUUUACUGUCAUGUGUCUCCAAUAUUUUAUUUGUACUAUUUUGUAAAUACGAUUAGAUUUCUUAAUCGUUUGAUAAUUUGCAACCCUUUUUAUGUUGUGAAAAGUCUGUAUGCUGUCAUAAUGUCUCUGUCAACUUAAAUCUUUUUUUUUAUAGAAUUAAGUUUUUCUUUUGUGUUAAAAAUUUAUUAAAUAUUUAGUCUAAUGUAUGUUAUAAAUAUAUUUCUAUACAUUAUGUACGUAUGCACUUUUGUAUAUAGUUGUGAAUAAAGUUUAAAUAACUUUAAAAAAA